CUUCCCCCUUCAGUCUUUAUAGAGAGAGAGCCUUUGUUUCCAUAACCAAAGAAGAUAUAUUAUUAAAAAUCAGAUAAAUACCAUUAGCCUUGUCUAUUGGCUGGUCUUCUUCUCAUUCUGAGUGCAAUCAAAGAGAACCAGAGAAAGGAAUCAUGGGCACUCAAGAAAAUGCUUUUGAUAUUGAAAAGGUGCAAGCUCUAGAAGCGAAGUUACAGCAUUUAUAUAGAGAGAACCAGGACCUUAAACAUAUCAUUAGUGUGAUGAGCAAUAAAUGCAAUAUUAUUCAAGACGAGUUGAACAAGAAGAGGACACAUGAGAUGUGCACCAUGGCUGAGAGUUCCUCUAGCCAAGAUUCAAUCAAGAGACUGGCAAGGGAAACUAUGCGAGCAAAAUCGUCGCAGGUCUUUAUCAGAACUGAUGAUGCGGACACUAGCUUAACAGUGAAAGAUGGUUAUCAAUGGAAGAAGUAUGGACAGAAGAAUACUAAAGAUAAUCCAUAUCCGCGGGCUUAUUUUAGGUGUUCUACCACUCCAGAUUGUCCUGUCAAGAAAAAGGUGCAAAGAUGCGCGGAUGAUAAAUCAAUUCUCAUGGCAACAUAUGAAGGUGAGCACACUCAUGUGCUUUUUGGUGGAACCAAAUACUCGACUUCGUCACUACAUGGCUCAGACCCUAGUUUAGCAUAUCCUGUUCCAGUUAAUCCAUUUCGAUCAACCAUCACCCUUGAUUUGAACCUGUGUGGGACCAAUCAAGAAAUAAAUAGACCUACUCAAAUUUUCAACAACAAGACCACCAACACCACCACCUCCAACAACAACAACAAGAACAACAACAUGGCUGAGUAUGUAGCAUCUUUAACUAGAGAUCCCAACUUCACUGCAACCUUGGCAGAUGCAAUUGCACGAUCUAUUGUGAACCCUCCAUAUUCACCCAAGAAGUGA